UGAACAUGGAUUAUCCUUCUGUAUAUUUAAGUCUUCUUAAAUUUUUUUCCUUCUUUUUUUCUAAAAUUUCUUUUAGCAAUAGUUUGUAAUUUUUAAGUGUAGAAGUCUUAUGCAUCUUUCAUCACAGGGGUACCUAGUGCUGCCAGUUCCUGAGCCUUUUGAGGAUCCAGUCAUGUGAAUUAGACGGAUUUUUUUCUUUUCCUACUCCCAGUGCAGAACCUGAAUUACAGUUCAGCCAAGUCAAUGACCACUUUUCAUAUGCCUUUAGCUUCUAAAAUUGUAUCAUCAUUAGUCCUCACUGUUUACUUGAUCCUUGUGAACUAUGCCUUUUAAAAAAAUACCUGUACCAUAUGACUCAAUAAUUUGAUUCCAAGGUAUGUACACCAAAGAAUUGAAAACAGUGACUCAAACGUGUACUUGUACACCAAUGAUCAAAGCAGCUUUAUUCACAAUAACCAAAAGGUGGAAACAACCCAAUUUUCCAUCAACAGAAUUGGUAUAUACAUACAUUGGAAUAUCAUUCAGCCAUAGAAAAGGAAUGAAGUUCUAAUAUGUGCUACAAAAUGGAUGGACCUUGAAAAUAUUAUGCUAAGUGAAAUAAGCCAAAAAUAAAAGGACAAAUAUUGUAUGAUUCCACUUACAUGAAAUAUCUAGAAUAGGAAAAUUCAUAGAGACAGAAAGUAGAUCAGAAGUUGCUAGGAGCUGGGGUAAGGGGAGAAUGGCAGGUUAUUGCUUCAUGGUGAGAGUCUCUGUUUGAGGGUGACAAGAGUUUUCAAAGUAGGUAAUAGUAAUGGUUGCAACCGUUGUCAGCUGGGGCUGCUAUAACAAAAUGCCAUAGACUGGUAGCUUAAAGAACAGCCAUUUACUUCUCUCACAGUUCUGGAUGCUGGGAAAUCCAAGUUCGAGGUGCUGCAAAUUCGGUUCUGAUGAAAGCUCUGUCCCUGGCUUGUAGACAGCUGCCUUCUCGUGUACUCAUAUGGCCUUUCUUCCAUGUACACACAUGGACAGAGAAAUCUCUCUGUCCUCCUCUUCCUACAGAAGCAUUAAUCCCAUCACGAGGGCCCACACCCUCAUGACCAAAUCUGAUCCUAAUUAUGCUUCACCUACCAAAUACCACCACAUUCCACAUUCCAGAUUAGGGCUUCAUUAUAUGAAUUUGGGGGAGGGACACAAACAUCCAGUCCACAACAAUUGCACAACAUUGUGAGUGAAUUCAGUGCUAUUGAGUUGUACAAUUAAAUGGGUUAAAUGGGAAAGUGCCAAUGAAGUGCACAAAAUAAAUGUUCUUUAGAAAAAAAAAAGGGUUAAAUGGCAGGUUUUAUGUUAUAUAUUUAUAUGUUACCACAAAUUAUAAUUAUUUUAAAAAAACCUUUAUUCAGAUUUUAGUGGGUUUUGGAAUUGAGCUAAGUUAGAUGCCUGUGUUUAUCCCUCUCUGGUAUUCCUUUUUUCUGUCAAAAUAAACUCAAGGACAAGUCUGUAGUACAAUACAAAAAAAUCCCCUCUGAGCUAUCAGGAGUUAAAUUGCUAACCUGAUGCCCCAUUAUCCAAAUACUUCAGUUUGUAUUUCCCAUGAACAAAGACAUUCUCAUAAAUGUAUGCAAUAAAACCUUCAAAAUCUGGAAGCCAACUUGGAUGCAUUACUGCUCAUUCAUCCUCAGACCUGAUUCAUGUUUCGCCAGUAGUGUUGUUUUUUGUUUUUUAUAGCAGUAUGCUCUUUACAGCAAAAGGAUCCAGUCUUAAAUCACUUGUUCUACUUAGUUUUUCAUGUCUCUUCAGUCUCCAGUCUGAAUAGUUGUUCAGUCUUUCCUUGCCGUUCAUGACACUGACACUUUUGAAGACUAUGCCGGUUCAGUUUUUUGUGUGGAAUGUCCCUCAGUUUGUGUUUGUGUGAUGCCUCUUUGUGGUUAGAUUCAGGACAGGCAUCGUUGGUAGGACUAUCAUAGAGGUGAUACUGUGCUUUUGCACCCUUUUGGGUGACACAUGAUUUUGAUCAGCCUGGGACUGAGGACUUUCACUCUGCUUAUUUGAUUAAGGCAGUGUCUGCUCGAUUUAUUCACUGUAAUGUUACUCUUUUCUCCUUUGUAAUUAAUAGGCAUUUUGUGGGGAAGUACUUUGAGACAAUUUAAAUAUCCCAUUUCUCAAAAAAAGCUCAAUUUAUUCAUUCAUUUAUUUCUAUUUCUGUGGAUUCAUGGUUUUCUGUAUUAUAUAAUGGACUAUAAUUUAUUACCAUCGGUAUUUGUUUUGAUGCUCACAUUGUCCUAAAUUUGGCCAGAGAGUGUACAUUCAGACCAGCUUUUGUCCAUAUCAUUCUCUGAGCACUUCCUUGCUUUGGGGCACAAUAAGAAAGUCCAGCUCAUCUUGUAUUUUCUAUGCCCCAGGCCUGGAACCACUCAUUUCUCCAAGGAGCCCUGAUUCCUUCUAGUCCUAAGUGACAUUUAGAAGCUACAGUCUAGUUGUUAGGUUUAUUGGGUGUUGCUGCUCCAGCCUCUCUAGGAGGACAGAAUUAAGGAAUAUAUUUUUCCCCCAAGUUUUACUGAGAAAUUAUUGACAUACGUCAUUGUAUAAAUUUAAGGCAUACAGCAUGAUGGUUUGAUUUCUAUAUAUUGUGAAAUUAUUGGGGAAUAUAUGUUUUAUACACACAUUUAUUUCUAUAUCUAUCUAUAAAAAUUGAAACCAUGAAUUCAAAUGAAUACCUCCAAUUCUAAUCCAACAUUUCCUGCCUUUUCUGUAUUUGUAACUCCUUUAACCAAGAGUGAGAAAUGUCACUUCCAUUAUCCUUAAUAUAUUUACUUAUUUGAUCAGUUUCCCUGUGUGUGACCAUCUACCAUCUCUCCACCACGUAUCUUGCAGGGAAGCCCUCUUCUUCCUGCUUGGACUCUUGACUCUCACUCCAGGCUACCACAUUCCCUACGUGGAUACCCUUCUCUCCCCGCAGGAAUUCUGUAGUUUCUGUGUCUGUGUGCCUUACAAUAGGCAUAUUCUACCUUCUUAUCUCAGGGCUUUUAUUUGUCUUCAUCUGUUUGGGCUGUUAUAACAAAAAUACUGUAGACCAGGUGGCUUAUAAGACCAAGUGGUUUAUAAACAACAUUUAGUUCUCAUAGUUAUGGAGGUUGGGGGUCCAAGAUCAAGGUGCUGGCAGAUUUGAUGUCUGGUGAGAGCCUGCUUCCUGGUUCGUAGAUGGCAGUCUUCUUGCUGUGUCCUCACAUGGUGGAAGGGGUUAAAGAAAUCUUUUUUUUUUUUUUUUUUGAGUAAAGUUAGAUUUAUUUAGAGAGAUACAUACUGCAUAGAGUGUAGGCUGUUUCAAAAGGCAGGGGAAAGGCCAUGAAGUGUGGGGAUGGGUGCUCAGGUUAAAGUAAAAGUAGAUACACACUCCAUAGACAGAGUGCAGGCUGUUCCCGAAGAGGAGGGAGCGAGAGAGGCAGCCACGUGGCGUGGUGUUGCCAGUUUUUAUGGGCUAGGUAGCUUCAUGUGCCUGCAAGUAGGAGGACUAUUCCAACUACCCUGGGGAAGGGGCUGGGAUUCCCAGGAAUUGGGCCACCACCAACUCUUUGGCCUCUUGUGAUUGGGGUGAAAGAAAUCUUUAAGGUCUCUGUUAUAAGGGCACUUAUCUGAUUCAUGAGGGCUCUACCCUUAUGACCUCAUCACCUCCCAAAGGCCUCCCCUUGAAGUACCAUCACAUUGGAGAUUAGAGUUCAACAUACAAAUUUUGGGGAGACACAAACUUUCAGUCUAUGGCAGCCCUUCUCGGGCAAUGCCUUGUAGUUAUUGUUUCCUAAUGCUGCCAAAUGCGUCUGGAGAGGCCAGAGUGGCCACUGUCAGGGAUAAGCGGUUUAUGACUUUGUGUAGGAGCCGGCUGAGGUUAUCCCAAUACCUUUGGGCCAGGUUAUUUUAAGUUACAAUAGACAGUUCGUGAGUUUCUCAACCAACUGGAGGCUCUUCCUACCUAAAAAUCAUGAUUUCAGCAAAAGAGAAAAGAAGAGGUAAGUUAAAAGUGAACACCUGUUCUUCUAAAACUGCUCUACUGCAGGUACCAGCCCUAGAGAGUUGGCAGAUGGUUUUGUGUUUCUAAGGCUGACCUUAGCAGCCCUUCAUCAAUCUUGAGCUGAUUGAUUCUCAGGAAAGAGGAGACUGGUUUCCCAGGAUACUCAAGACACCUUUGAUUUAGUUACUACCUGAAGACCAAUUAAUUAGUCCACACUGAUUCUCUCAAGUUUUCCUAACAAAGCUAGGAAACACUGAGCACAGCCUGGCUGUGGAGGCUUUUUACUAGCUUGUUAAUUACUGUCACCUUAGACAUGGGUAAUCCUAAAAGAUAAAGCAACAAGGGUCAUUCUGCACCGGUGAAGAUUGGUGGUCUCCAAGGUCUGCAGCUAUCUCGUGUUAAGAAUCAUAACAUAAGAAUCAUGAUUCCUAUAGCCAAGGGGCUCCUUGUCUUUAAAAACUCUCCACCCAUAGAACUGAAACUACCAAUUGCUUCUCCCAUUGCAUCUUAACUCAGCUGCCAGAGGGAGCCUGUCAAGCAUAAGCAAACUUACCACUUGACUCUCAGGCACUUUUUAUUUUUUAAGUUUAGGAGUGUGUACUUAAGUUAUUUUUAAGUCAAAUGGGAUUGUAUUGGUUUUUUAAAUGACAUAGAAUUAAUUCAAAAUCAACUCUUGACAGUCAUAUGUAGAAUAGAUAAACAAGAUUAUACUGUAUAGCACAGGGAAAUAUAUACAAGAUCUUGUGGUAGCUCACAAUGAAAAAAAAAUGUGACAAUGAAUAUAUGUAUGUUCAUGUAUAACUGAAAAAUUGUGCUCUACACUGGAAUUUGACACAACAUUGUAAAAUGACUAUAACUCAGUAAAAAAAAAAUGUUUAAAAAAGAAAAAAAUCAUCUCUCAAUUAUCCUCUAGACAGAUAUCUGGGGAUCUCACUCCUCUCACCCACUUAGCCAGUUCCCCUUCUUCUGUGUCUCACCUGGACCCAUUUCUCUCCUGGUCUCUCCUCAGUCUUUGCUCUUCAUCCCAAGCUAGGGCAUAACUGGGAAGAGUCAGGGCUGGAUGUGGGGUUGUGUGGUUAAUGUGAUAAGAAGUAAAACAGUCUACUCAUUUUAAAGAUCAGGUACUCCCUGACUCUUCUCCUUAAGAGGUUAGCCCAAGUUGACUUUUGCUACUAAGAACUUCCUCUCCAUAACAGAUGUUAUUUUUUGGCAGUGUUAAAAGAUAAACUGAGGCAUAUGUAGAAAUUUUUAGGAGUUUAUUUGAGCAAAAAUCUAUUCGAAUCAGGCAGUGCCAAACCAUAAGGGGUUAGGAGCCCUUCACCAGCAGCAGUUAUAGGAAAGACUUUAUUAUGAAGAAGACUUUGAAGCAGAGUAAGGAAAUGAUUUGAGUGGCUACAGCUCAAGCAGCUGCAUUGUUUGGGUAAGUCUCCUUGGCUGUUUGUGACUGGUUGUCCUUAGGUUUUGAUUUCUUAGCCUUGAAGCAUUUGUGGGCUUAGGUUUUGGUUUGCUUAUGUAGAUGUCUAAUGGCCGCCUCCUUUAAUUAAUUUAACAGUAGUGAUAUAGUAAUUUUUUUUUUUAUGAUGGACAAAGCAUGCACAAAAGCAAAGCAAAUACUAUAGAUACUUCUAGGCCUUCUUCCCUGCCACUCCCCACCCCUUGCAGUCAUCACGCAUCUUCAACAUUUAUCAACUCAUGACCAAUUCUGUUUCAUUUAUGCCCUGCCAAACCCAGCUGUCCUGUGCUCCAGCUUUGGGUUCACCUGAAACCCUGUCUCCUCAGCUGAACUUGCCCAGGAGACAAUCCUGGGUGCAGCAGACUCCUGCCGGUCUGUGUCCUCCACUCCAUCCUGUGGCCUGAGGCUUGAGAACACUUCCAGUGUCACAUUCUGUUAUACUUGAUGGGGAAACUCGAGGCGUCCUGGUGGCGGGCAGGACAAAAGGACAGCUGUGCCAGGCUGCCCGCAAAUUAGGGCAUCUUUGGAGGCUGUCCUCCAAUUCCUAAUUAAUUUUUAGGAGAGCUUUAAUUAUGCCAUCAACAGUCCUCACUUAAACAAUCACAGGCACUCAGGCUAGGGGAGAAAUGAGUGACUGACUAGAUUUGCAUAACUAUUUACACUAAUUAGAAUGUCAAAAGUUGGUGGCAAAGAGGCCAAGUUGUGCUGUGACUUAGUAUCAUUUUAAUUUAGACCAAUUUCCUAUUAUUACAACUGUCUUCCUCUUUGCAUCUCAGGUCCUCUUUCCUUCUGAACGAUUUGUAGCAAAAACAGAAUGGAAAACAGAGGUAAUAAUAACUCAGUUGUAGGCAGAACUCCUAAAAAACUAAAAGCUUUCUUUCCUUAAUCCAAACCAUGAUUUUAGUUUUCAUCUAAACUUAUAAUUGCAUGGAUAUUUAGAUUUAGAUAAUUUAGGCAGACACUUCGCUUUGAAUCUAGAAGCCUCCUCUUUAUGUGAGUGUGUGUGUGUGUUAUAUAUAAGGUGGUAGAAUCAUGGUCAGGUUGUCCCAUGGGAAAAAGUACUGUCUUUGAACAGUUACUUUCAUUCCAGUGUCUUAACAUAAGGAUUAGUGUAUAAUAAUAAUGAUUGUAAGAUAUACUCAAUAAGUAAUAUUAAUUUAAAUAAUAUGUAAAGCUUCUAAGACACAUGUUUUGAACUAUAAGAUUUGAAAACUACAAAGUGGGCUGAGAAUACAGAACUCCAGGUCUCCGGCAUAGAACCUCCCUGACCCAUUAGACACUGUUUAGGCAUGCAUCAAUGGUUUCUGGGUCUGGCUGGUGAGCUACUUACCCAGGUCCUAGUUAAAUCAGGCAUCUUCUGUUUUUCCGCCCUCAUUCCCUUUUAGCAGCAGGAGGCCAUCUAUUUAAUUAGUUGGGGAUGGGAGCGUCUAUAAUCUCUUGGGGGCAGCUUUAGCCCCAGAACUGGAUAAGAGGGUGAAUCCAACUUGGGGCAUGGCUGGCCUCUCCCUGCAACAUAUGGGGAGCCUGCCACGCCUUCAGCCCAAGUUCCAGCAACAAGCAGGAGUGGAGGAGCCUUCCCUGCUGGGAACACACCCCGCAAAGCCAAGGGCAGGUGGCGUCACUAGUAGAGGUCAAGCAGUUCUUAGACCAAACAGCAUCUGGCAAACUAUGCCAAUUGGAAAUCAAUGUCCCUCCCUGGGUGGGUUUAAUUUUAUGGUUGUUUGCACAAACUUACAGCCCCUAAUGGCAGGGCAGAGCUCAGAGCAUCCUCCCAGGAUUGUUUCGAGGGAGUGUGAUGUCUUUUCAGCCCAUCCAUAAGUUAAAGUAAAGAAUCUGUUGACUAGAGGCUAGUGUUAGAGCCUGGCUGUCAUGCUAAGCUAAACUAGUGGUGGGCUUAGCCACUAUUUAUCCAAGACCGGGAGGUUUGACCACAGAUGCAAUACACUUAAGCCCCCAAAGCCUUACCACACUCUUUCUAGCCUGAGGGAGACAUGUGGGUUCCUCUGCAUGAGGCAAUGUUGAAUCACUAUGUUCAGUGUUCCAACUCCAUGUUAAGUAGACCAGCUUCCUUUGGACUGACAUAAGAUUCUAUAGUGGUUAAGAAGUUAUGUUCUGCAAUCAGACAAAUUCAGGUUCCAACACUCACCAGCAGAAGAACUUUGGGGCAAGUUUCUUAACCUCUCUGGAUCUCACUUUCCUCAUCUGUAAAAUGGGGAUAAUAGUUUCACCCACCUCACUGAGCUGCUGAGAGGAUGGAAUAAGAUAGUAUGUUGAAACUGGUUAGUAUGGAUUAAAAUGACAAUAAGGAUAAUAAUGAUAAUUCCAGCCAAAUAUGAACAAGAUAGUCAUGUUAAAAUAGGCAGGAACAGAAGGCUUGAAUGAGCAGUGCUGGUUUUAAAACCUUAAAUUUUAACAUUGAACUCCAUAGUCUUGUAUGCAAAUUCUUUAACUUGCUCAUUUUCCCCUUGUUAUGACCCAUCAUCUUUCUUAUUUUUCAACAAAAAGAUAAAGAUCCAGACAUAAUACUAUAUUUUGAUUCAUCCUGCAAUGAAUGGGUUGUUGCUUUAGAAGCAUCUCAUGUCAGUCCUUGGUCCCAUCAGAAUCAGAACUCCAGGGAACCCAGCGGUAGUCAUGGCAAAAACAUCUGUUGUGUUUCUCAGGUGGAUCAUUUCCAGGAGAUACUUGGAUAAUCAAGAUCAAGUGAUGACUCAUAUGGGAGAAAAACUUUUGUGUAGCUGAGGAUAGGGUUGCUUUUUUUGGGGUCAGAAACUCGGAUGGAGUGUGAGCCUACCUGGGGAAAUGUACCCCAAACUCUCCUUUCCUCCAUCAGAGACAGUUUCACUGCACUAGACUACAAAGGGACAGGGGUGAGGAGCCCUGCUUCCAAGUGGGUCAGGGAAAGGAGAACAGGAGAGGAAGGGCCAUUUCUCCCGGAUGAAUAGAGAGCAGUCAUUGGUGGAGAACUGUGUUCUGGCCAGAAUUGCAGUUUCCGUAAGAUGCCUGAUUACUUUCUUCCUUUAUCUAUAGCUUCAGCUGGAUCCCCAUCAUUAGGGCAGGAUGAAAAGGUCCCCCUUUCUCUAACAGACACAAUCUGCAGUCUCGCAACCAACCCCCCAGUGACUGUGUUACUGUUUCUUAGCCAUAGCUAGAGACACCUGACAAGCUGGCCAGUCCAAUUCUCUCUCCCGAGUUUUUGAAAACUUGGCUGAAAUAGACAAGUGAGUUGGAGCAGAGUCACCUCAUAGUAGUAUUUCAGGGCCAAAAGCAAUGGCUGCUAAGGUCCAAGUCACCUUCAUUCAUGUCCUACCAGAAAACCAGUUAUUUAAACUUCCUUUGACUUAGUGAGCUACCCCUCAUCAUUCCAUAUCUCCUUUCUGCUUAAGGACUGAUUCUGUUUUCUUUUUUUCUUCUGCAAGAAUCUUGAUAUGACAUGUUUCCUACUGGAACUUGAGAAAAAUAAAAAGUAGAGAAGGAUGGUUUUUGAAUAGUAAGCUUGUGAUGUUUGCAAGGGUCUAAACCAAAAUCUCUGGGUUCUCCAACCUUGAGAAUAGAUUCGUAACCUAAAAUUUCCCCCAUAAAAAGCAUCUUCAACCAUGAGAGCUAUAAGGCUGCAUGGAGGUGCAUGUGCCAGGUGGUUAGCCAGCUGGGUCUGUUCCUUGGCUAAGUGAUUUACAUCCAUGUCUUAUAACCUGGGAUUUAAAUUUCUGCCUACACAAAAUGACCAAGUGUGCUUCCUCAAGAAUAGAUGACACUGGAACAUUAAUUUUUCGAAUGCUAAAGGUCUCUGAAAAAGCUCCAGGCUCAUCUAAGCAGCACAAAUUCGUACAGCUACAUAUAUCUUUUUCUUUAAAAACUACAUUAUUGCCUUCAGGGAUUAAUUGCAGCAGCCAAUCAUCUAGUGAAACAGGCCAUGGGUUUCUUACAAUUAUUACUGGAAAUGGCUUCUUCCAGAGGAUCCACAUUUGGGCACUGAUUCAUACUGGGAUUGCUUUAGCCUCAUCUUCUGCAAAGGGCUUCCUCUGAAGAUCGAAAUGUGAGGUUGGGUCUAUUUAUCAGUGACAACUCCGACACUGUGCAAAAUCCCUGAGCAAGAGAUCCAAUUCUCUCCCCCAGCUCCCUCCAAUAGGGAGAUUUUCAUAUGAUGUCACCAAUGGGUGGGUCACUUUGUAACAGAGCUAAAGACACAAGUCCCUGUUAGGGCCAGUUCAAUUCAUCCUCUUCUCUGGCCAUGGAGUGCAUCAUCCCCCCAGGGAUAUGACCAGCCUCCUCCCAGAGAGCUGCCUUGGCACAACCCAUCCUCACUUCUGCAAAAACCACUUGGAGCAUCAGUGGAAUUCCUUUAGCUUGUGGUAGACUUCACAUAAUUCACCAAAACUUCCUCCAAGCUUCCUGGAGGUUUCAUGUCUCCAUGUCAUGAAUUCGCAGUUACUUCUCAUAUGGAGCUUCCUGCUUGAGGACUCUUGUGCCUUCCAUUUGUCUAAAGUCUCCACUCUCCCUCUCCUCCCCACACGGUAGAUAAAGGGACUAGGAUCAGACCGGGGGAAGCAGGUAGAUGUACCUUCAGGCAGGUCUUGAAUAAAACCAGAAAAGAGUUGGAUUAACUUCUGGAAACCCAGAAGUAAAUUCUGGUUUGACUGAACUGGGUCACCUCCUUGACCCCAAGGCACUGAUGCUGUUCACCAGCACCUGAAGACACUUACCGCUAUUGUUGCACAUUACGUCCGCAUUUCCAAAGUACCACUAAAUACAACCUGGAAAAGGAAAUUUUCUACUGGCUAAUUUCUUGCUAAUUUCAGGCCAGUUAUAAUGAAUCAUGAUAUCUCCAUCACUCAGCUUCAACAACUAUUUAACUAAUAGGCAAUCUUGUUUUACCUAUACCUCCCCCCGUUUCCCUUUUCCCUAGAUUAUUUUGAAGCAAAUCCCACACAUUAUAUAAUUUAUUUGUAAAUAUUUCAGUAUGUAUCUCUAAAAUAAAAGGACUUAAACAAUGUAACCAUGCUAUCUUUAUUAAACCUAAAAUAAUUAACGAUAAUUCCUUAUUAUCAAAUGUGCAAUCCAUGUCCAGAUUUUCUCUCAUUGCCUCAUAAAUGUUUUUAGAGUUGGUUUAUUUGAGUCAGAAUCCAAACAAGAGCCACAGAUUGCAUUUGGUUGAAAUGGUUCUAGUCUCUGAUUCUAACUUUAUAGGUUCCUUCUUCACCUUUCCCCCCACCUCAUACAAUCCAUUUGUUGGAAAAUAUAGUUACCUGUUACCUAUUGAGAUUCUUAAUUCUGGAUUUUGCUGAUUGCCUCUCCAUAGUGUAUCUCUUAACAUGAUUCUCUGUCACCUGAAUGUCAUGCGAAUUGAUUGUUAGAUAUGGAGGCCUAAUAAGAUUCAGGUUCAGUUUUUUCGUAGGUACACUAGAUGCUCUGUUUUUCCAUCAGGAGACAUACAGUGUCUGAUUCUGUAUGUUUGUAUCUCUUUUUAGUGGAUUAACUGGACGAUAAUUAGAAGCAUUCAAAUAACAGUGGUAGGUUAUUCGCAGACAUGUGUUACCACCAGACCUUGGGCAACAGAUUUUGGGUUAGGCUAGAGUUUGAAUCUGCCUGUGUCACCAAUGCCCUUUUCUUGGUUGGCACUUCCUUCCUUUCCUGGGUCCCUUUUUAAACCAUCAAGCUCUGGGCUGGCUGCCAGCUGAACAGUGAACCUCUUGACCGCCCUUCUUGCCAGCCAUUUGCCCUGGAAGUUUUCCCAGCCCCGACAUGCUUCUCCCAGUACACCCACCUCACCCUCAGCCCUGCCCAGAGAGUUUGCAUGCUCACGAGUCACACUUUAUAAGAGAAAUAUUCAGGAUGCAAAAGAAUGACUAGAAUGCAGAAGAGAAGGAGUUUGUUCAUUAAUUUCAGCAUAACAAGUUAAAAACCUUUUGAGAGGAAAGUUAUACAGACUUUUUUUUUAAUCAGUCACUAAAAUGCUUUCAGAUGGCCUUCUCCUUGAUGUAAGAGUAUGGAUUCAGCUUGAAUUUUCUGUGGAUACUGCUCUCUGGAUAUCCUCUGAGACAAAGAGUUUCUAUGGCCACAUAAUUUGGGAAACUCUGUAUAUCCCAUCUUAAGAAGGACCAUGACCAUAGUAAAGCCUGUAUAGCUUUGUUUAAGGCAGAAUUUCCUUUUCUUUGUUAAAGGGUAAAAUUUCCAGGACACAGUUUGGGAAAUAUGCUUUGGAAGAACCAUAAAGCUAAUCUUCUGGGUAAAGUGAGGCAUGGGAGAAACGGGGCAUUAGCGAUUAGAACCAGCACUCUGGAAUUUCUCUGACCCACUUGAGUCUGGAGACACUUGGGGGAUUGAAUUGGUAAGAGGUUCUUAUAAUGGGCUUCUGCAGAAAGCUUAUGUUCCUGGUUGUUUCUUGGCCUAAACUCAUCAAGUAUUUAAGUAAACUUUUGUCUUCCUUCCGAGAUGACUUACAUGCAUCCUGCGUGACACCAGGGAGCAUAGAGGCGUGAACUAGUGUUACCUGGGCCUCAGUCCAGUAUUCCUCAGUUAGCAGCAAAGCAAAUUUGCUGGCGUGAAUCAAGUGACCUAGAGUGACAAAUUAUAUGGCAACUGGGCAUUAGCCACUGGGGAACAGGACAAGUGAGCUAAAAGGAGGAGGUUGUGGGCUUCUGAGCAUUGUCAUCUGAGCAUUGUAGUCAGCAGUGGUUGUGUGACUGGCAAAAUGUGGGGUGUUCAGUUGACUGGUCCACUGACGCCUCAAGAACAGGCAGUGGCGGGGAGGUGAUCAUUGCAAGCAAUGGAAGGCUGGCAUAGGGAGAAUGGACUCAGUGGUGAAACUGGCCUAUGAGGAGGAUGGUCAGAAGCCCAGUGUCAGAUGCGUAUUGCAGACUUAGUUUCCUUCUCCUUUGGCACUGAGUUCCAAGGAUCUGAGGUUGUGUGAACAGAUGAUGUUCCAAGGAAACCUCAGACUUGGUUCACAAAAUAGACUAAUCUGUGCCUGCAGGUAGCUGGCCCCACUGCCUGCUGUUUAGCAGGGCUGGGACAGGCUGGGACUGACAGAGCACUGUGCACAUGUCAUAUAGCACAGUUAAUGAGCAUCUACUAUGUGCCAGGCAUCAUUCUAGGCACUGAGGUCACAGUGAUGAACGACUCUUUUCUUGAAAUCAAAACUCUUCCUGACAAGACUCAGUGCAGCACAGAGCAUGGGCUCUAGGGAGAAAGAAGUGGUUUUCAAAUCUAGUCACUCACUGUGUAGCUCAGUUUAGCCAGAACCCUUGGUUUUCUUGGGCACAAAAUGAAGAUUUUAACAGUCCUUCCCUACUCAAAAUGUAUUGUGGAAAUAGGAACUAACAUCAGUAAGCAUUUGGUAUUUCCUGGAGGUGUUAAUUUUUUUUUUUUUUUUUUUGUGGUGAUGAUUUUGGUUUCCUUAACUUAAGGUCAGCCUGAGCAAGAAUUUCAAUCAACCAAGAAGCAAAUACUUCUUUAUUGAACACUGUAGACCCAGAUACCUAAAAUUGCCCCUUCCCUUAAAAAAUGUAUAACCUACUUGGAGAAACAGGAAAUAAAUUCAUAAUUAGAUACCAACACUACCAGUUUCAAAUAUCCACACGGGUAGGGAUUUUUGCAGUGUGGUCAACUCUAUUUUUAGUGCCUACCACAGUACCUGGCACAUGGUAAGUAAAAUAAAUAUUUGUCAAAUGAAUGAAUGAAAAUCAGCUUGAAGGAAUGAAACAAGUGUUAUAUGGUUGCCAAAGAAAUAGGAAAAAUUACAUACUCACACGGCUACCAUUGGAUUCUGCUUAGACACGGCCUAGGAAUCUGACUGGUUGAGACGUCUGGUCGGAUAGGCAUGAUAUCUUUUUGCUCCCCACUGAGUGGAUUCAGUAAGAGGCAGGGCAGUAGGACUCAAACCUAAUGGUGAGGAGGGACAGGAACACAGUCUCAGAAUUAAUAGACCUAGCUGUUUGGAUAUUUAGAAUAACUUGUUCAGCUAAGCUGCUAAAAUUGCACAAGGAAACAAAAAAGCAACAGCAACUAAAAUCAACAGAAAACUGCUUCCCUACUGGGGCCGGGAGCCGGUAUCAGCAGCUAGCCUGGGCAGGCAAGGCCUCUGGGCUUUUACUCUGUGCUGACUCAGGAACUGCCUGAAACCUGGAUUGUAAUGACAGCCACCCUUUGGGGGAGUAAGCCACCUGCUCACUAUGAAACAGCAGAGACCACAAUUUCAGAGCAGGCAGAAAAGCAGCAGGCCAGUGGCAACUGAGUUUGGAGGGCACAGUUUCCCCCCAUAGAGUCCAUAUUAGCAGGAGGAAAAAGAGCUGUGUUGCUAGGGGAACAGUGUGGACUCUCCCUUUGUGUGUGGGGUCCUUCUGUCUCCCUUUUCCUCCUCCCUCCCCUUCUUUCCUUCAACUAGUAUUUCUUGAGCAUCUGUAUGUGCCAGACACAAUUCUAGGUACUGGAGAUACACCUAGGAACAAUACAGAGGAAGCCUCCGUAUUCCUGGAGUCUCCAAACAACCAAGGACAUACAGCAUCAGGUAGAACAGGAGCUGAAUGACACCCCAGAGCCAGCCAGGGACAAUCUAGGGAAAUGGCAGUUGAGGCAGGGGUUGGGGGUGGGGUGAGCAUGGGCAGUGGAGGAGGAGCAGCCUUUUGAGGGGGCAGCAGUAAGUGGUGAUGUCAGAGAGGUGGGGCCACCAGCUGAAAUCCUUUUUCCUCCAGAGCUCAGUAAAAUCUCCCUUCUGUGAACUCCUAAUUGUACCAAUCAUGUCCGGCCUCAUGCCUAGGAUGGUGGUCCCCACUCUUCUGCUGACAUGCUCCUAUUGUUAAAAAUGUUGGUAUAUUCUCACAUAUAAAUAUAUGUAUUUAUAUUUUGUACACUAUAAAACAUACUCUGAGUUAGAAAUGAAUGAGAUAAAAGAAAUACCAGAAUAAUUUCUAAUCAUUUCCCAUACUCUAAUGGACUGUCUUGUGCACCUCUUGGAAAACAUGACCCUGGUUUACUACUCAGGGUAGUUUUUUGUUGUGUGUUGGGUUUAUUUCCACAACUAGAUGAUGAAUUCCAUUAGGCUAAACUCUGACUUAUCCCUGAUGUUGCCUGGCACAGGGCUGAACAGAUGGAAGUAGUAAUUACUGUCCAAGAGACAAAAGACUCCAGUUCUGGUGGACACAUAGACAAUGAGGCACCAGUGUAGAGGGCUUCUGCAGGGAGAUAGGGAUAGGUCCUAUGGCCUUUUUUAUGGCUAGAUGAAAGAUUCCUUGUAUCAGUCAGGGUUCAACCAGGAAAGCAGAGCUACUGUGAGUAUUACAGAAGAAGGAAUUUGUUAUAAGGAUGAGGCCUUAUACAAUUGGGGAAGGAGCAAGGGAAGUAAAGGUCCAAAAAGGUUUGUUGAAGAAUGAGAGACCAGUCACUAUGCAGCCCUGGCUGGGGGAAUGAAUCAGAGCUUGCAGGGGAGUCUGGAAGCGAGUCUCGAGCUGCUUGAGUAAGACUGGGUGGGGAAGCUGGUGCAGAAGUCAGCUUCUUUGUGGCUGUGACCAUCUCUGUGAGCUCACAAGAAGCAUCUGAUAGUGGCCCUGGGGCCACUGUUGGUCAGCAGGGCCGGCGGUUGGAAGAGAGGGAGGGAGCACUGGGUACACCAGGAGGAAAAGCAAGGAUGGACUGGAAUCUACGGGUACCUCUGCCUCUAUCUCUCAUGGCCUCUAACCUACAAGGAUCUUCAGAGUAUCAGCUUCACUUUUGCCUAACUCAAACCCAGAACCACACAGGGAAAGGCAUUCUGAAGAAACAUAGCCUCCAGCAUCAGUUUAUCAUGGAACCAUCCAGCACAUCCCUGAGACUCACUCCCUUUGUUCUGCUUCAAUGUCCAUGAAGAGAAACAUCAUGAUUAUUGAUCUGUCUUCCUUAAUACCUCAGUGCUAGAAAGGGAGGGGCCCUGGUGGUGAAUGCAAAUAUUUCAGUCACUGGAAAAGUGAAACCUCUCCUGAAAAUUAACACUUUGAAAUAUGUCUGUGAUUAUAAAAUUGAACCUUAAACUACGAGACAACCAAAUCUGCUACCCAGUAAGUCCCUGAGCAGUGUAUUUUUUGCUUCUAUCUCUGAUAUGUCAAACUUAGAUUGUUCCAAUAUCAAAGGCAGAACUCCUUUGAAUUUACCCACCUCUCACUGUUCCUGUACAUUCUAUGGGUCAAGCACUAAAAAGCAGGGAAAUAAAGCAAAAAUGAGAGGAGGGGUGGCUAGUCUGCAUCCUGGAUAAUUGCAACAGGUCAUUUUGUUUAUCUAAAGAGACACCUAUAUUGCGUGUAACUGUGUCAGGCAUGGGUCUAAGUGCUUUACAAAGAGUAACUAGCUCAGUCCUCAUGCUAAUUCUAAAGAUCAUUUCUAUUAUUAACCCUCCUUACAGAUAAGGUAAGAGGUAUAGAGAGGUUAGGUAAAUUGCUCAAAGUCACACAGCUGGAAUUUACAUCAUGAUUAACUAUGCCUUUAUGUGUAAAAGGUUCAAAAAUUAUCAAGUUCAAAAGCUGAGUUUAUUUUUAUUAUCACUUAUAAAAUCUAUUCAGAAUGUGUAGUAUUAGCUGUCAUUUAAAGAGUAGCUUUCUUAGGGACCAGGCAGAGCCCUUUACAGGUACUGUCUAAAAUAAUGCUCACUCUUGCUGGGUUAGGUAGGUAUUAUGAUUCCACUUUGCAGAUAGAGAAAUAGGAGAAGUGAUUUUUGCAAGAGCACACAGCUAGUUGAAAGGAGAGCCAGGAUUCAAAACUGACUUCAAAGAUAGAGCUUAGACCAAACGCUCAGAGGAGGCUAAGCUCCAUCCAGAAGAGUGAUGGCAGAGUACAAACCAUGCAAGUCAGUCUGGCUCAUGGCAAUGAGAAACUAAAUCCAACUGCCAAGCUGUAAUUCUCAAGCAGUGUGUGAAGUGAUUGGGGGUUGGAGAAUCACCUGGGGCCCUUUAGUGAGCUUGUGCUUUCCGGAGGUGAGUGAUCACUCUUGGGGCCUAGAACAGGGUUUCUCAUCUUUGUUUUCUUUCUCUUGGCCUUGUUAUUAGUCUGUCCGUUCUUAGUUUCUACCCUACACUGGGUUUUCUCUUUUCUGGAUCUUCAACGGGCAGGGGAGAGAGGGGCAAUACUUUGCUUUUCCCUUUCUUUCUCCAAACAUAAAUCCUUCUGCAGGUUUUUCCUCACUUACUAACUACGUAGCACAUUACAAAGUUACAGGAACUUUUAAGACCUUGCACUUCUGGUCUUUAAUGAAAUAUAAGUGGAACUCAGCUUCAUCGUCCCUUUGUCUUUUGCUGGCUUACUUUUGAGUCUUUCAGGGACCCAGAAUCCGCCAACUGCCAUGCCCUCCAGAAGGAAGCCCCAUUCCUCAUUUUUCAUAAUUUCUCUGCAAAUUCAGAAUGAACAAGUGUUUUCUUCUCUUUCUUUUAAUUGUGUGGUUCUUUGGAGAGUUUUCAUUAAAAAAUUAAAUAUGGUUUGGAUAAUAGAGGAUGUUUACCCUUUAUUCUAUACAUUUUAUGUAAUAAUUUUCAACCAUUGAUCUUUUACUUCUAAAAUAAUACCUCUCCUAGUUUUCUAGUAAGCUCCCCUCACCUUCCUCUCUCCCCUAUCUCCAUUUGCCAGUUUGAUUUCUGGCCAACCCUAGACAUAGAGUAAUAGCCAAUUCAUCGGGUAGGAUCAUGCCUUCAGUAUAGAAAUACUGUGGGAAUUAGUCUGACAUGCAUUUGGGCUCAAAUGGCUAUCGAUGUGUUUUUUGAUAAGAAAGAAUCCAUUCUGCGUUCAAAAUGUGAAUCUAGUGUGUGUUCUUUACAAGGUAAGGGAAUGUAAAUUAUUCGUAUGGGUUCUUCACUAGGAAUGCACUCAUUUUGAUUGGCAUUACUAUCAUUUAUGUAACAUUUUCCCAGACAUUCAUUUUGGGUUAUUUAUUACCUACUAUUUUCUAGGCACUCUGCUAGACUGUAGGGUUAUAAAGUAAAUGACACUAUCCUUUUAGCAUAAAAUUUCUAAUUUUAUUCCUGAAACUUUUAUUAGUGACUUGGCUGACUCUGGGAAGUCACUGGUGAAUCUCAGCUGCUCCAUUUGUCAGCUGAAGGGCUUGUAUUAAGUGAUAUCAAUUUUAAAGCAUCUAAAAUCAAAAGAUACAGGAGAUUUAACUUCUUAAUUCAGUCAUUAAGUUGCUCGGUGCCUUUGAACAUAAUACUUAGUCUCUGGAUCUCAGUCUCCUCCUCCGUAAAAUACACAGAAGGCACUAGAGCAGGCUAGGAAGCAUGUAUUCCAAGGAACUUUGUUUCUUAUCCUUUCUAGGAAAAAAAGGUUGUGUCCAAGAAGAUCUGAGAACGUCCAGAGUCAGUAGGUUUCUUAACUCCAGGACCUCUCUGAAACUUUAUUCUAUCAAUUUUGCUUCAUAACUCUCUAAGCAGGACUUAGCAGGUAGGUUUCCCAGAUUUACUUGACAGUGAAAUCCUUUUCCCCCAGAAGCAUCUUUGUAGUACUAAUAAAUUGUCCUUCAGAAUACAUUUGAAAAAUGAAUUACUACAUACCUUUAAGGCCCUUUAUUGCAGCAAUACUCUCUAUCCUUGGAUCAAUUUUAUGUCAUAUCUGCUAGUUUAUGUUCUAAUAUAGCUGAGCUGUGUGCAUUUUAUUGGGUUUCCUUUUUAUCUUCAAGUGGUACUUUCAAGUCUCUUAGUGCACAGGCUAUAAUCUUACCAGUCUUGAAUACAUGGCCAGCAAAAUCAUGCAUCUCAUUAGCACUUUGGUCAACAGUGUCCAGAACAUUAUGUUUUGUAGGGAAACAUUCCAAAGAGUAGCACAGAGGAGGCUCCUUGGGGGGAGGGAUGAGAUAAAUGAACAUGAGAAAUAAUAGCAUUAGUAGGGCCGAUUUCCAUGAAAACUCACAAAAAUGUAUUUGACAUUUUGAUAACUAAAUAUAGUGCCUCCCAUCACAGGACUGCUCUUCCUGACCAAGACUGUUAAGGUUCAGAGUAACAGAGCUGAAUGGCUCCAUGCAAAAGUCUGUGUUCAACAUCUGUCAUGCUGGAGAUCAUUAAUGUUCAAUUGCAUUCUAUUGUCUUCGUGUUACUCAACUUCAUUUCAUUGUCAUUGCUUCAGCUGGGGAUUAAUCAACUAUUUAUGGGAAGACAGGACUUGGAGUCAGAGCAGUCACAAUGGGGUUUUAGUCUAAAGCAAUGGUGAGGGAAGCAAGACAGUUAAAAGACUCCUGAUUUGUGAGAGUGUUGAUAAGUGAAUUAAACAAAAAUAUCUGAGAAUAAUGUCAACAUAAUCCAUAUUUCAAAAGGAGAAAGAACAUAUUAGCCUUCCUAAAGAAUCCAGAAAUGAUUUUGGCUUGAAUCUUUUUGGAGCUUGUUUCUUUGCCACUUUUCCUUAAGAGCUAGAAAAGAAGUUGAGAGGAGAAGUUAACGGUUUCUCUGUAAAUCAACUCAUCAUUAUCAGUAGUGGAAAUCAUGCUUCAUUAUUGUUCCUGAGGACAGUUGACACAACUGAAACAUCCAAGUAGCAUGAAAUAUUUACAGCUUUAUGAGGUGGGGAAAAUUUUUUUCGUUAGGAAUUAUUCUUUAAAACCUCACAAAUCACUUAGAUGUUUCCAUUUUGCACAUGUAUAUGCAUGAUGAUUAGUUUUAUUCAAUUUAAAAGUCAAAUUAAAUAACUAAGAGAUUGUCAUCUCAAUAUAUGUCCUGAAAACAUUUAUGAACCUGUGUCAGGGGACUGGAGUAUAAAUUCUGAAUUUGCCUAAGUUCCAAAACCAUGCAAUCUAAUUAUGUAGAAAAUAAUAUACAUUUUUGAUAUACACAGUAUCUUUUGACAAGUUGUAGUAAAUUAUUCUGCAGAAAACACCCAAAUUAUUUGCACAGUAAAAAUUCCAGGUCUGAAAUAAUAUUAGGACCUGCUAAUUUGUCCAACUUAAUAGCUAAAAUAAAAUGCUAAUAUAUUCAAUCAGCAUUAUGCAAAAUUGUCACACAUCGUGACAAAGCAAAAUCUUCUAACAUUAAACAUCUGUAUGUCAUAAUUUCAAGACCAACAUAUUCACACAAGUGAUUUCUAGUAACUUUAAAAUCUUGGUUCAGUUUUUGAUAUGUAAGCUGCCUGCUGAUAUGGGAAAAAAUGGACUAAGCCCUCCCUCCACCCCCACCUUUUUAUUCUUUUGGGGACAGCCAGGCCACUCCAGAUGGUGUGUUAGUGUUGGGCAUAGCUUUGGAGAAACUUCCAACAGACGAAGGCUGUAAUGUCAGGAUUUUGCUGUGCGUCGUCCCCCUUACCCCCCUGCAGUUCCCAGGGUAGGAAGGUGCUGAGAUGGAAGCCGAGGGACGCCCACCCACCUGCCACCACCUGUUCCCUUCUUCAGCCCUCUGCUAUAAAUUCUCCUCCUUCAAAGAUUCAUCCAGCACUCUCCGACAGCUACUGCGGAAAAAGCGCUCCUUGCCUAUCUGAGCUUCGGGAAAGAUUUCAUCCUCCUGAAAGAAGUCUCAGCUUUCCCAGAGGACUUGAAAGACCUUCCCCGAACCAGCCACACCAAUUCUGCUGCAAGAAGUUUCCCUUUUCAUUUUCAACUUCACGUUUGGAAAAUGACUUUCUUUUCAGCGUCUCUAUUUCCCCUAAAUUUUGGCAAGUGAAGCAACAUCAAUCUGGUUAUCCAGUAGGACAAAAGGCAGAGCCCCGCACUCCCCACUGGAAACUUUGAUUCCACGCUGGUUGCUUUGUGUAUGACUUAUUUGCUAAGAAGAGCCAAGUUGCAGAGCAGCGCAUACACCAAACCACGCACAGGUCCUGAGCCGACGAGUGAGCUCGGCGCCUCCCUACUUCCAGCCCGGGAUGAAGUCCUGCAAGUCCAGCAACCCGGAGGCGGGAGCGCGUGCCGCGCCCCCGAGUGCCGACGGCGCCGAGUGCGCGGGCACGUGUGCCGGGGCGGGGCGGUUGGAGAACGCGGCGCGCAGGCGCCUCGCGGCCAACGCGCGCGAACGCCGCCGCAUGCAGGGGCUCAACACGGCGUUCGACCGCCUCCGCAGGGUGGUUCCCCAGUGGGGCCAGGAUAAAAAGCUGUCCAAGUACGAGACCCUACAGAUGGCGCUGAGCUACAUCAUGGCUCUGACUCGCAUCCUGGCUGAGGCCGAGCGAUUCGGCUCCGAGCGGGACUGGGUCAGUCUCCACUGUGAGCACUUCGGCCGAGACCACUAUCUUCCUUUCGCGGUUGCGAAGCUGCCGGGAGAGAGCGAGCCCUACGGCCAGAGGCUCUUCGGCUUCCAGCCCGAGCCUUUCCAGAUGGCCAGUUAGGGCGCGCGGCCCCGCCGUGAAUGGGACGCCCAGAGAUCGCGCUCGGGAGCCUUCUCCCAAGUAGCCGCUUGGGCUUUCGGUGGCCCAGGAUGCAUUCCUAGAGUAUAAUUAGCAAAUUUCCAGCUUACUUUUAUUCGCAUCCCCAGUCCUAUGGGGAUGAUUUUAUUGCUUUCUAUUUUUAAUUCUGUAGUAUGUUGUAGAUUUCAUUGAUGGGCUCUUGGAAUGGUUUUGAUUGCUGAAAAUAAUGUCCCAUCCUCCUUUUCUGGACUACUUUGGGGGAAAACAUUCUUAAGGAAAAAUAAGAUUAGGUUAUACUGCAGGUUUAGUCCUCAGAGAAAUAAUCGCUUUCUUAAACUUUGUAAGUUUGUCCUGCUAGGGUGAAGUUAAACAGUUAUCUAUUACUUGUGUGUGCUCUAUACCGAGCAGCUUUCCUGUCUUGUAAAUGCAGUUAUGCUUAGUGCAUUGUGUGUGCAUGCAUGAAGUAGUCAGACUUCUUUUUUCUGGAGUGUACAUGGGCGUGAGUGCUCCGUAUUUUUCAAAACUGUGUAUACAUUAUUAAAAUAUUGAUUUUGUAAAAUGUAAUUUAAAAUGUAGGUUUGUAUUUCAUGCCAAGUGCCCUGCUAGUUUCCUGAUGGCACUAAAGGCCUAUUUGUGUGGGGGGUGAUGAUAGUGAAGUAUUUACUUUUACCGGAGUGUUUAAUCCCACCAAUUUGCAAAUGUACUGUUUUGUACUACUUCAUCAAAAACAAAACAAACAAACAAACAAAAAAAGCUGAUGAGAGUACAAGUAAUUAAUCUGAAAGUUUUCCCUAUCAAUGUGGAAAUAUAGAUAUAUUUUUCAUGGUUUCUAAAAAAGAUUAAAUUAAGUGAAAGAAUAUUCUGCUUUUAAGUAACUAGAUACACAGUUCCUUAGGAUUUUAUUUUCCUUAUUAAGCCGAUUACUAACUACCAAUCUUUACAAGUACCCCCCAAAAUAUAUAUUUGUUCCUAUAUAUAUAUGAACUAACACUGAGACAAAAAAUAAUACUUUUGGAAGUGACUUUCUUUUAAUCAGUACAAGUUGAGCAAUAGGGAUUACACUACCAUCAAGGCUAAUCAAGAAGGGAGCAAAACAAUACACAUGGUAUUGGUUUGAAUUACUUCUAUAAAUUUUCUUAGCUGUUGAAUGAAUACACCAAGCCUGUAAUGUAGAGAAUUACUUGGUGGUCAACAGCACUCCAUGCAUUUGGGAGAAUGUCUUGCUAAUAAUUAGAAAAAGGAGGCCUAAGUUAUCUGUGCAUUUGGAACUUUUCACGAGUCAAUAAAAACAACAGUGAUGUUUCCCACACCCAUUUGUUAUGAUUCCAACACCUAACAUCAGACACAGCUACUUUGCAAUUUAUCUGUAGAGUCCUCAUUAAAAUUUUUAAUUUCUUUGUUAUCCCUAAUUAUCAACAACCUUUUGGUUUGUGAGUGGCAGUGUCUUUCCCCACCCAUAAACGAAAAUUUACAAAAUCACAAGUGUAUCUCUGGAAAUCCAUUGAGUGACUGACUAAUGCUGAAUUUCCCUUUCCUUCUGAUACCUGUUAUUAAGAAACUGAGGUGGACUCAGGACUUUGCUUCCUCAGUGCAAAUCAGAGAGUAAAAUGUUUAACCUCUUGACAUCAACAGCUCUCAGAAGACACAAUGUUGUGCCCAGACCCCUUUCAGGUCACACUCCACUCUGCAGUGUGCGCUUGGGCUAUGGCAAUGCUCAGGGUAUCUGUCUUCCUCACUCUUGGAGAACAAUAGUCUACUUAGACUUAAAAUGCUUCAUUAAUAACCCCAGUAAGUUUGUAGAAUUUGUAGAAUGAAUGAAAUCAGUGCUAAAAUUUAAUUAAAUGCUGUGUUAAUUAGAGAAGGUCUCACAGAUGCAUUAAGAUUGUUAGUCCUUCUUUAGGUAGGGCGCAUCCCUCUCUCUGGGCUCUAAAUACCUUGCAAAAGAGAACUGUACUUUUCUCUGUGGCUUCUAGAACAGAGAUAAACAUGAAAUAAAUAUUUCUGUUUUGGUCAUUAACAGGAGUUUCUUAAUAAAACAAACAAUUUAAUUACA